AUGCAUUGGUAUGGGGGUAGUAUUGCGGAGGCUGUUGCUUUAUCAAAACAAAGAAAUGCAAUUUUCGUCGUUUUUGUUGAAGGUGACAAUGAGCAGUCUACAGAAAUGUCGGCAAUAAUUGAUGAUAGUGCGGUGGUAAAGAGGCUAUCAAAUACUGAAAACUUCCUUGCAAUCAAAUUGAAGAGUGGAUCAAUAAACUAUACACACUUUGCACAAAUAUAUCAAUUUGUUCCUGUGCCUUCGCUAUUCUUCAUCAGUAGAAAUGGGACACCCUUGGAGGUAGUCUGUGCAGGAGUAGAGCCUCAAAAUUUGGCAACAAGGAUAGACAGAAUACUAGAGGAACACAAUAAUGAAAAGUUGUCUUCUGCACGGCCAUCUACUUCGAGCCAAAAUCUAAAGGAGCAAACGGCCAAUCUGCUACAAGCAGAAGCAGCUGCCAACGUCAGUAAUGAGGAACCUCUUGCAGAGCCUGUAAAUGCAACUGCUGAUGUUGAACCUGAGACCUCGUCCGGACCGGCGGCUAAGAUCGCGAAGACCGAGAAGACCGAGUUCCGCGAGGUGACGCGCUCCGGCCAAGAGUACGAGGUGGUCUGCGACGGGGACGUGUGCGUGCGCCGUCCCAAGGAGAAGACCGAAGACCCUGGCCCCAGCACUAGACCUUCGCCCCCUGUCAACCCCGAAGUCACCCCAACUCCUACCCAAGAAGAGAGCACAGCGAAGCCUGACGAGAAAGUGGAGCGUGCAAAAGUAUUAAUAGAUGCCCUUCGGAAGGAAAAAACUGAAAAGGAAAAGGAGCUGGAAAGGCAAAAGGAGUUGGAACGACGCGCAGUCGGCCAGGGCGUAGCCGAGCUGAAGAGGUGGCAAGCGGACCAGGAAUUGAAACAAAUCCAGGAGGAGCGUAAACGAGAGAAGAUGGAGAACAACCUAGCACGUCAGCGCAUUUUGGAGCAAAUCGCGCAGGACCGGGCGGAGAGACGCGCCAGAGACCAGCCCCCUCCCCCUCAGCCGCCGCAAACAUCGCAGCCCCCACCGCCCUCUACUGUCGGUGACGGCGGUUCUCGGGCGCGCGUGCAAUUCAAGAUGGCGGAUGGCAGCGCGCACACGGCGCACUUCGACGUGGACGCGACCCUUCAAGAGCUGCGCCGCUACGUCUCCGCCAAUAUGCAGCUCCAGCAGUCCGAGUUCUCCCUGUGGACGGCGUUCCCGCGCCAGGAGCUGACCGAGAGCGAGUCCACCCUCCGCCAGCUGCACCUGGCGCCCUCCGCCGCCCUGCUGGUGCUGCCGCGGCGCGUCCCCACCACCGUCGCCUCGCCCUCCGCAUUCUCCACAAUCCUGACGUUCCUGACGCAGCUGUUCGCGACGCUCGUGCUGGGCCCCUCGCAACGAGCGUACGCUUGGCUGCGCGCGCACCUGCCCUCCGCGCCGCCCCCCUCCGCCGCAACCCGCCCCCGCCCCCGCGCAGCCCCCCGCCCGCCCCGCGCCCCACCAGGGGCCGCUGCGCCGCCGCGGCAACGUGCACCGGCUCGCCGGCGACCGGAACAGCGACGACGAGAACAACACGUGGAACGGCAACUCCACGCAGCAGAUGUGAACCGCAGCCAACACCGCCGCCGGAGCCCUAAAAGAACGCUCGCAACAGCUGACGUUAACCGCUCGCGGAUUUGUACGGAGGUUGGAGGUGAUGAGGACCGUCUUGUGUGUGAUUUCCCCCCAUUAAGUUUGAGUGUCCAGCUAUAUGCUGACAAUGCAGGUCCAAUCCCAAGCACCUUCCGAAAUAGUGCUUGCGUACGA